CAUAAAUAUUCAUAUUCGCCAAUGGACACGUCGUCAACAAUCGCCCGAAAUUUUAAUUUGAUUGUAUUUUACAGCAAAAGAGUGGAUCGAUAGGACUAUUCCCUGAUGAAUUGAGUCUAUUGAGAGCUUGAACAAGGAUGGCAUGGACAGGGUUUACAGAUGAUCAGCUAAAUGCUUUGAAGAGACAAGGUUCAGAUGAAGAAGAAAAGCCAGCCAGAGGUGGUCGAGGUCAGCACCAUCAGAGGGGAAGGGGAAGGCCUGGUGGCAGCAGGGGUCGAGGGAGAGCUGGUCCACCCCAGUCAGUGAGCCAAGAGCCAGUCAGUCAAGACCAAAUGCUCUCCAGACCAAAGCCGCAGGGUCCACGAGGAAAGCCUGUCUCCUCUGCGGAGCACAAUGUUUGGAAUAAACUGAAUGAGCCCGCUGAAAGACGGCCACCCCAGCAAGGAGGAAAGCCCCUCCUCCUGCUCAAGGCAAGGCCGAAGACAGACAGAAAGAUGGACCUAAAGAUGGACCUAAAGAUGAAGGGAUGGAUCCUAAACGGGUUGUGAAAGACAUCGAGAAGGAGUCCCAGGAGGCUGUGAAGGAAGAGGAGGUGGAGAAGUUCAAGAUUUUAGAUGAGGAAGAAGGGCAUGAGAGGGAGACUUUUAAACUUGGGGAAUUUCAGAAAAAACAAAAACAGAUGGAGGAAGAUAAUGUUAGGAAGAAAAAGCUUCUGUUUAGAGCAAUAGCUGACAGAAAGAAGAAGACCCAAGCAGAAGCCAAGAGGCUGCUGUACAUACAGAAGGAGCUGGCAAAGAUAGAAACACUACUCACCAAUGAUGUCAGCAUACUCAGAGACAGGAUCGAGGAAGUAAGCAGGGACUUUAACGAUGCGCAGCAGCGAUACCAAAGGGCGGAGACAGAGUUUGUAGAUGCCAAGAUUCAUCUCCAUAAAUCGUCCGAAAUGAAGGAGCUUCUCACCGAGCACCUUUGCACCAUCAUUCAUGAGAACGAGCUCCGCAAAGCAAAGAAGCUGGAAGAGCUUGUCAGCAAACUGGAUGUCGAAAGUCUUGAGGAAUUUGAGAUUCCGGAAGAAACGCCUCCUACCUCUCCUGUGCCAAUAACCGUCCCUCACCAAUCGGAGGUUACAAAGAAUCCCUCAGAGAACAAUGGAAUGGCUCAAGUCUCCAGCAAUAACCCAGGGAAUCUGCCUAACGAAAAAGAAGAUUCCAUUGUCCCUCCAGGGGCUUCCUCUGACAAACUUAAUUCCACUGCUGCAUUGGCAGUCUCAUCUCCAUCAAAUAAUGCUGAACAAAGUGAAAGAUUUCCCAAUGACAAAGCUGAUGAAAGUGAUGAGAAAACUGAUGGUAAAAUCACAGAUUCAACAGUUUCUUGUGAUCAAGGUGGUAAAAAAGAUGAAAAACUAGUGACUGAAAACGAGAGUGACCUGUCAAGUAACAACCCAGAGUCCAGUAGGAGUCCAUCAUCGAGUGACCAGCCCGAGGCAGAGCAACAUGUGGAGCUUAAUGCAAAUCAGACAUGACCAAUGUUAUUCUAAAUGCAGCUAAUCCAAUUUAUAUUCCAUGUCAUGAUACAUUGUAGUGGACCGUUGGUGGCCCCGUAAUCAGGGGUUCCUGUGUUUCAAACAAAGUUGAUGUACUAGUGACCUUUGGUACAAUAUCGUGUGACAAUAUUCAAUUUAAUUCUUAAUAUUAAUCCUGAAUGCUUUUAAUAAUCACAAUGUUAGAACUUUGGGUCCUUCUGGUUGCUCAAAAAAUGAUAACAUAAUUUUGUUUAAUAGCAGUUAAAUAUAAUAGUCUAAUCAGUUAAUUAAUGAAAAAAAGCUAUUAAAAAAGGUCUAUGAAUAUGAAUGUACGGUUUUCACUGCUGAAAAGGUCUUUACGAUGGGUCUGAUUAUAAGUAAUAAUUUUUUAUGUGUGGAUGAGAUUUACGGGAAUAUGAAUAUGAAUUCAAUAUGCAUAAUGUACACUGCCGAGUUUAAUUACAUUAUAACAACUUGAUUCUUGAUGUAAUAAAAUGUAGAUACAUGUAGGUAUGCAGAUUAUAUUGAAUUUGUAGAAUUUGAUACUAUAAAUGAUUAUACAUGUAGUAGUACUGUAUUACUUGUACACAGUGAGAAUUACAUUGUAUUCACAUGAGGUUCUUAUGAGAAAUUCAAUAUAAUUUGAAAAUACAUCAGUAUAGCGUCCAAGUUUAGAGUUCUGAUAUUUUGAUAUAUAUGUACAUUUUUAUUUAUAAAUCAAAAAUAUUAUUUCUAAAUUUUAUAUAGCAUACUUAGAAUUAUUUUGUUACAAUUUCUUUUAUAGAAAAGAAAAUUAAGAGGUAAAUGAUAUCUAUGUGAUACAAUAAGAAAAAGCAAUAAAUAUUUUGCAUCUUCA